GUCUCUCUGGAGUUGAACCCCGGCUCCUCCAACUCCACCCAGAACCUCCUCCAUAUCCGGGCAGUGGAUAAUGGCAGCACCAUCCAUUACGUGUGGAGUACGAUCGGGGCCCCCACCGUCCUCCUCAUCUACACGGACAGUAAUAACACGCGGCUGAAGGUGGACUGGGCCAAGCUGGAGUCCCCGGAACCCCGCGGAGCCAUCCGAGUGGAACCACCUGACCGUGUCCGCUACUCCACCGCCCUGCUCUUCACCCGGAUUUUUGAAUACAAAGACAUCAACAACACGGCCAAUUUCACCGGCACGGACAGGAAACUCUUCUACCCUCCAUAUGAUCUGUCGGAGUUCACCUGGGAGAGCGCCAGAGGCUCCAUGAACUCCUCCUCCUCGCUGACGGCACGCCUGAGCGGAGUGAAUUCCACCGACCCCGACGGGAACUUCAGGAACGGGAGUGUCACCUUCCAGGUCUCUGCGUACGAAGGCUCGGGCCGCGAUCACUCCUCUCCCCGGCUGCUUCACAGCGCCAACUGCACCAAAAUGGAGUUCAUACUGUCCGGGGUCAGACCGCGGGGCAAUAACUCCCGGUUCGCCCUGGAGAUGGUGACCCUGGAAAAGAAGGCCGGGCGUAAGAAGAUUCGGUCCGUCCGCUCCAUCGAUGACGAAUACACCCCGACUAUCUUUGAGGUGAUGGAGUUGGUGCCGGACUUUCCCAACGCCAGCCACGCCCUUGGCUACUUCCAGUGGAAGUCGGUGGCGUACGGCGACGUGGGGGGCAGGAGAGCCGACUCCCUACCCUGCAUAAUGUACAAGCCACGCACCCUGAACGAGACCCUCCGGGUCCCCAGCAUUGUCUACGCUUUCUACGGGGAAGACCUGGCCGACGGGUACAACAUCGAGACUUAUAACGUCUCCUUCGGGAUCGCAGACGGCGACUUCUACGACAAACACAGCUUCCUGGGCUGGUCAGCGUUGAUCGGUUACGGCACGCCGCCCCGCGAUUCCUUCUCCGUGCUGGUCAUCUGCAUCAUGGCGGUGGCUCUGGGCACGCCCUUGGUGCUGCUAAUGGUGGGCGCCAUGGUGGUGUUGGUGAUGAGGAGCAAGAGAGUCGUGCCCAGCUACGAACCGGUGAACUAG